AUGCUCACGUUAGUCUGCGAACGCUUUGCCGUGCCCUCACCGAGGCUUCCAGAGGUUACCACGGCAGCCUUCUGCGAUCGUUGUAUGAGUUUCGGCUCACAGGUCGGCCAUGGCAGCAGACCAGUGCUCGAUCGGAUUCUGCAGUCACAUCUAGUCGCAACCGUGCCUAGCCACUCCACAGAACCCAGGCAAAAGGAGGUGCUGUGCCGACAGCUGUUUUCCAAGCCGCUUCCUUCACCCACGUCGAAGGUGGAUCGGUAUGUGUGCGUGGAGGGUUACUGGGUGCCGCAGGGUCCGUUGGACACACGUGAGGUGAACGAUCGCUCUCUCACCGACGCCAACUACGUCCUCACCGAAUCGGUCCGCGCUAACCUUAAGGACCUGGCGCGCGUCGUUUCUGCAGCUGGUAGCCUGCCGGUUCUGCUGCAGGGCGAGACGUCUGUCGGGAAGACAUCGUUGAUCACCUACCUGGCGAGUCGUGUUGGUCAGGUGUGUUACCGCAUCAACAACCACGAACACACCAACCUGCAGACGUACUUGGGCGUCUACAUAGCCGCGUCGGCUUCUCACAUCGCCAACAACACAACGUUGGCGCCGUCUUUCAUCUUCCAAGAAGGAAUUUUCGUCUAG